AGUGGUAGGUGGUGACUCGGUCACCCCUCGUGUGUUUUGAUUGUCGCAACCAGCUGUUAGUUCGGUUGCAUUGGGGUUUUAAAUACUUUAUUUUGUGUGGAUGCAUUAAAAAUGUCUGUGAGACAUUCAACGUGUCGGAGCUUCAGUAAAUUGACCCUCGCUGCUCUGCGUUCAUACCGACUAUUUCCGGUCAGCUGUGGGUUCUGCAGUUCUGAACGAGCAGCUCGACAGGAUGAACCCAGAAAGAGCUCCUGCUUCAGGCCGACGCCCAGCUCCACGCACGACUGGAUUGGACCUCCAAACCCCCUGUCCAAUCUGCGUCCCAUCGUGUACCGGGUCCCGGAGGACGAGUCGGACCUGGAGAAGCAGCUGAGGAAGCUGAGGCAGGAGACGGAGGACUGGAACCAGAACUUCUGGACCAAACAGAACAUCAGCUUCAGCCAGGAAAAAGAAGUGUUCAUCGUCUCACAGCUAAAAACUAAAGGCUUGACUCUACGAGAUGAAAAUGGAAGGCGUCGGGCUCUGAGCAGUGAGGAGAUGGCUCUGUUUUAUAAAAGCUUCCUGGACAGAAACAGAAGUCGACAUGCCGACUACAACAAAGAAUGGUACCGGCGAAACUUCAGCAUCACGCUGCUGAUGGCCCGAGUUGCCCUCAGUGGCGUGUGGAGGACCGUCGUUGACAGACAGCAGGAGAAGAAGAAGAAGAGGAGCUCUCCGACCACGUGACAAUAAAUCCGAUAUGUACCUGUCCGGUGUUUGUUUAUCUGCUCCUCCGUCCUUCAGCAAAACGUUUGGUUUAACAACCAGAGAACUCCAGUACUUAUUUUAUUUUAAAGUACAAGUUGGUUUUCCAGAAAGUUUAUGUUUUAACAAAAUGAGCAGAAUCAACACCUCUGGCUGAGUUUUGAAAGAAACCUGGAACCCUGAAGAUCCAACAGAGUUGAAAUAACUCCAUUAUUGGGAAAUAGAAUCACAAUACCACCACAGACCUGCCAAGAGAAGGUCUUCCACCAAAACUCAGAACAGGACAGGAGGACACGAAUCAGAGAGACGUCCAGGAGGACAAAGAUAACCUUGAUGGAGAUGGAUCUGUCCACAGGAGCACUAGAAGUUGGACGGACCUGAACUUCAUAAGAGUGGACAUGAAGGAGAUGCCAAACGUGUGGUAGAAGGUCAGAUGAGAUGAGGACAUUAUGACUGGUUCUCAUGCUGAGAACAGCAUCCCUACACUGAAGCACGGUGGUGGCAGCAUCAUGCUGUGGGGAUGAUUUCCAUCAGAAGGGACCGAGAAACAGGUCGGAGGUUUUUUUAAUUUUUUUUUUAAAAAGAGCAAAAUACAAAGAAAUUCUUGAUGGAAACCAAAGAGCUGUGAGACAGACGGAGGUCCACCUUCCAGCAGAACAAUGAUCCUGAACACA